AUUUACACUGACCUUUGCGCUCCAUAUAGUAACCUACCUUCCCUCUGUUACCUCCAUGACAGUGCUGCAGCACCCUCCCUUCAUGUUCUGUAUCUGGGAUGAACAGGGGCGGACUGACAACUCAUGGGGCCCCUGGGCAAUAGGGGAUUAUGGGCCCCUGUGUCCUUGCCCACACUCAAAAAAAGCCUAUGGAAAGGUACCAGGGGCAUCUCAUGGGGCCCCCUACUGACCCCGGGCCCUCGGGCAGUGCCAGAGUUCCCAAAUGGUCAGUCCGCCCCUG